AUGGCGGCGGGGGUUGUAGCGGCAUGGGUCGUUGGGACGACAUUGGGGUGCGGCGGAGGAGACCACUGGAACUACGCCGGAGGUGUACGCACGGCCAGUCGGCUGAGGAAGUUGAAGUUUGGGCUUGGGCCAAACCAAUCUUUGCCGGACCCGAGUUUUAGCCUUUUUCAUGGGGCUGUCCUUUUUGGGCUGCUAAGGUGGUACAACAAUGGGAAGAGGUGUUCACACUACAUUACCAUAUAUGGUAAUGGAAAGAGUGUGAAAGCCAAGGUUGUUGAUGAAUGUGACUCAACAAGAGGAUGUGACGAUGACAUCGUUGAUGCCUCUAAAGCUGCGAGCCCAGCACCUACAGUCGUAGAUUUAUUGCUACUAAUCGAGCAAUCAAAAGGUGGAGGAGAUCCAGCCUGGCACGAGCAGCCAAACCCUGACAUUCAAGGUCGUCACCACCAAUCCGAUCGAGAGUUCACCUCCAAGAAUGGCGGCGCUCGAUCCUCUCUCUCCUCUCUCCCUCUUCAGCCCCCUCACAUCACUGAGUGCCUCGUUAGCGAUGACACUGGAACCAUUGUCUUCAUUGCUCGCAAUGACCAAGUUGACAUUAUGAAGCCUGGUACCACUGUGAUUCUACGCAAUGCAAAGAUUGACAUGUUCAUCAAGGGUACUAUGAGGCUUGUAGUUGAUAAAUGGGGUCGUGUUGAAGUCACAGAACCAGCCAGCUUUGAAGUCAAGGAGGUCAACAAUCUUUCUCUUGUCGAGUAUGAAUUACUUAGUGUUGCUGAAUCAGAUCAGAAAAGCUAAUUUGAUGAAAGACUGAAUGAUGGGUAUAUUGUGAGAGUGGAUAUUAGUGAAUUAG